AUGCCAGUGCCCAGCGUCAAGCAAUCGAACGCGCUGCUGCUCCCUCCUCCGCUCAGCUUGGAUUCGGCUGACGGUGCGACAUUGGAGCCGUUGCCGGUGAAGAAUGGUUCUGCGGAUGAUCUGGCCGUGUCAGCUAUCGAGCAAAAGCUCAGAGAGCGACUGCUGCAGCUCCACCACGAGCUUCGAAGGGCUUUGGACGAGAGUUGGAUGAAGCUCAUCGACUCUGUGGAAGGCGAUCUCCAGCAGGCGUACGGUGGUGGCUCCGAUGGCAAGCUUUCGCCCUGGCUGAGCUCAGAGGAGAAGGAGCCAGGACAUCCCGGCACCGCCAGCCGCGCGAGUAAUCCGACCGAGUACUCCGACAAGGAUUCCGGAGAUUUGGACCUGGACAUAGAGGAUGAUGAAGCAGAGUUGGAAAUUCGCGAUAUUGAAAAGGAUCUCGAGGAGCCGACAGGAACUGCUCUUCAAAAGUUCUGCCGAUACACCAGAGCGAAGCUGGCGCGGGCUGAGCGCAGGGUUCUGGACGUCGGCGUAGGUGUCCUGAUCUCAUUGAACACCGUGGUCAUGAUGCUCGCACACCAGCAAAUGGGUUACGAUGCUGCCCGGGAGAUUGGGGAGUAUGACCCGGGCAUGGACAGCCUCUCUAUUUCCGAGGACAGUCCCACCUACGAAGCAAGCCGCGGUCUGCUCCUUGCAGGAAGACUCGCUUGCUAG